GCAAUUCAGCCGUCAAGAUGAAGCUGAACAUCUCGUACCCCGCCAACGGCACGCAGAAGCUGAUCGAGAUUGACGAUGAGCGCAAGCUCCGCGUCUUCAUGGACCGCCGUAUGGGCCAGGAAGUUCCGGGCGACAGCGUCGGCGACGAGUUCAAGGGCUACAUCUUCAAGAUCACCGGCGGCAACGACAAGCAGGGUUUCCCGAUGAAGCAGGGUGUCAUGCACCCUACUCGUGUCCGACUUCUGCUCUCCGACGGUCACUCCUGCUACCGCCCCCGUCGCACCGGCGAGCGCAAGAGGAAGAGCGUCCGUGGCUGCAUCGUCGCCGGAGAUCUCUCCGUCCUCGCCCUUAGCAUCGUUAAGCAGGGAGAGAACGACAUCCCCGGUCUCACCGAUACCGUACACCCCAAGCGCUUGGGUCCCAAGAGGGCUACCAAGAUCCGUCGCUUCUUUGGCCUCAGCAAGGAAGAUGAUGUCCGCAAGUUCGUUAUCCGCCGUGAGGUUCAGCCCAAGGGAGAGGGCAAGAAGCCCUACACCAAGGCCCCCAAGAUCCAGCGUCUGGUUACUCCCCAGCGUCUGCAGCACAAGCGCCACAGGAUCGCGCUCAAGCGCCGCCGUGCGGAGGCUUCCAAGGAUGCCGCGAACGAGUACGCCCAGAUUCUCCAGAAGCGUAUCAGCGAGGCAAAGUCUGCCCACGAUGAGGCCAAGAAGAGGAGGGCUUCUUCCAUGAAGCACUAAGGGGUGGUGUUGGAUGUACAAGUCGGUGGAAUGACAUAUUCGGCGUCGGGCUCCCUUAUGAAAACUUGGGGUUUCUGGGCAUGGUUCAUAUCAUGGGCUCCUACGGCGCGGCAAUUGUUUCUCAGAUAGGGCAAUUGCACCUUGAAAACAGCCGACACUUCGGCGCUUCUAAUCCGUUGUGUGAUACCCUUUUUCUAAUCGGCGUC